ACAGUGUUUAUGUCCGUCACUUUGACCCUCCCCCAUACCAACUGCAAUCUGAGUCCUCCACCAGCCCCUCACUUUCCUACACCAAGCCUCUAGACUCAUACGACACUAUUAAAGGUCCACAGACGGCCUGAAACAUCGCCCACCAGCGCGUGCAACUCACGGGCAGCAACUAAUUGUUUGCCCCCUGUCUUACCCUCUCUUGGACCACACAGAUGUCACCCUGAACCGAGGGCGCACUUUACACUGUCCAGAGUGAAUGUUGGGUAGUCAAUACAAACAUUGGUCUCAGAAAAUUAAAGGAAACGAUUUUUUGGGGAUUCUAAUAAAAGACUGGUGCUGUGUGGUCAGUACAACCAGAGUUCAACGUCUCAGUCGCGCGAUAUAGAAUUAUUUGUGUUGGCACUUCAUGGCAGACGUCAAUGGUUCAAUAUGUCCACCAGGUGGCAUGACGAUCGAGGAGUACAGAAAAAGAGCUAAGGAAACAGUGGACUACAUCGUGGACUACCUACACAACAUUCGACAGAGGAGAGUGUUCCCAGACGUGAAGCCGGGAUACAUGCAAGCCUUGGUGCCAGACUCGGCACCUGAACAGCCGGACACUUGGGAGGACAUUUUCGCUGACGUCGAGAGAGUCAUAAUGCCUGGGAUAACUCACUGGCAAAGUCCCUACAUGCAUGCUUACUUCCCUGCAUUGAAUUCCUACCCGUCAUUACUUGGCGACAUGUUGGCGAAUGCAAUCAGCAGUUUAGGCUUUACCUGGGCCUCAAGCCCGGCAUGCACUGAACUGGAGACCAUCGUCAUGGAUUGGCUGGGAAAGAUGAUUGGGCUGCCAUCUUGUUUUCUCCAUGGUAACAAGAAUAGCAAAAGUAUGGGAGGUGGAUGUAUACAGACAACUGCCAGUGACUGUACAUUUGUCACGCUGUUGGCAGCAAGAACUGAGGCUAUUCAAAGGUAUAAAGUGACCAAACCGGACCUCGAUGACGCGGAAAUCAAUGGUCUUCUAAUUGGAUACUGCUCUGACCAAGCUCACUCGUCAGUAGAAAAGGCUGGACUCAUUGGUCUGGUCAAGAUGAGAUUUCUAUUCUCUGACGACAACCUCAGUCUACGGGGCGACGUCCUGCAGGAGGCGGUCAAGCUGGACAGGGAAAAGGGACUUAUUCCCUUCUAUGUGUGUGCAACACUCGGGACAACCGGAGCGUGUGCAUUUGACAAUCUUCGAGAGAUCGGUUUGGUCUGUGAGGCUGAGAGACUUUGGCUUCACGUGGAUGCCGCCUAUGCAGGCUCCGCCUUCAUUUGUCCAGAAUAUAGGUCAUGGAUGGCAGGGAUUGAGUUUGUCAACUCGUUCGCUUUCAAUCCCAGCAAGUGGCUGAUGGUUCACUUCGACUGCAGCGCAAUGUGGGUCAAGGACGCCAGAGCCUUGCACAGAACAUUUAAUGUUGAGCCCUUAUAUCUGCAACAUGAGAACUCCGGUGCUGCCAUUGAUUAUAUGCAUUGGCAAAUCGCUUUGAGUCGAAGAUUCAGGUCUUUGAAGCUUUGGUUUGUACUCCGAUGUUUUGGUGUUGAAGGUCUUCAGGCUCACAUCAGAAAGGGUGUAAUACUGGCCUCCAAAUUUGAGAAUCUUGUCCGAUCUGAUGGACGCUUUGAAGUGGCCGCCAAACGACAUCUGGGUAUGGUCGUCUUCAGAUUGGUGGGUGCAAAUGAGUUGACAGAGGACCUCCUUAAGCGUCUCAACAAACAAGGCAAUGUUCACAUGGUUCCGGCCUCGCUGAAAGGGAAAUACGUCAUCAGAUUCACUGUGACGUCACAGUUCACGACAGCCGAGGACAUAGAGAGAGACUGGAAAAUUAUUACAGAUAUGGCUAACAUUGUGCUGACUGAGGCUGUAUCCCAUAGUGAGGAAAGCAUCGCUGAAAAUGAUGAAGAGUAUGAGGAGUCUGAUGAGUACGAGAACGAUGCCAACCAACACAAGGAGGAGAAGCGAGAGGCCGGCAUCCACCAGGAUGGAAUUUUGAUGAACGGCACCAAGAAAAUCCCGGUCUAUUACCCUCUCACGAUUCCGAAAUCGUCAUCCGGCAAGCGCAGAGAAUAUGGGAUCAGCCUGCUGCUAAGCAACGUUCCGAUGAGCCCCAAGGUAGUCAAUGGAAGCUUCGCGGCGCUUUUUGAUGGAAGCUCUGCCGAUCUGAACCAGCUGGCCAGGCAGCUAACAGUGGGAGGUGAGUUCAUCCGGCUGUCUCCGAGAAAAAGAGGUCGGCUCGGAGACUGCGACAAGCAGAUGAGUCUAGACUACAGCGUCCUGAGCAACAGGAAGGACAACCCUUUCCGAAUGAAAAUGAUGGGCAGCCUGGACUCCAAAAUAGACGACAUCCUCAACUAUGGGUCGAAAGCCACGCAGACAGAGAUGGAACAGAAGAAAUACAAUGGUGCGAUCUGGCAGGAAGACGAAACGACGGAAAAAGCGGACAAGCUCAAAGGCGGCGCCAGUGGAGAGACGAAAAAAGAGGACUGCGCGAUAGAGCAAGAGCACUGGGAUACUGGCCACAGCAUACUGGAAGCUCACAGCAAAGCAACGAUGAAAUCUCAGAGCAAUGACCAGCCCAAAGAGAAAUCCCAGGCCACUCCAACUAAGAAAGGAAAAAGCGGCAAACAGAAGGAUGGCCAACCAAACAGGUCUAUCAUGGAGUUGAGCAAAGCCGUCUGCUCCAAGGUGAAGGACGUAUUCCUAAACCUUCCGGGAGAUUCCUCUCCAAACUCUGUACGGACUACUCAGAACUCGCCAGAUCCCGUCGCUCUAGACGGCGAGAAGAUAGUCUGUAAAAACUGUGGUCAUAUUAUGAAUCUGUGAGUCCCUGGACUCUACACAACAACUUUUGGGCUGCUUCUCCUGCCUGCCCUUGAAAGUUCAACUAGAAUUUUAAAUGUUUUAAUUUUAAUUAUUCUCACAAAUUAACAUUUGUAAAAUGACGCUUUACAAAGAUCUAGAAUGAAAAACACUAUUUGAACUUUUGAAUAGCCCGACUAGUUUUGGAUGCUAGCAAGUGCAUUGAUCCUUGAAUCCAAUCAAGUCUAUAAGACUCCUACUGUCUGUAUUCGAUUGAAACAUAUUUGUACUAAAUGUGUGACAUUAUGUCUUUGAUAUUUGAUGAUGUAUUCGAGUGUCUAUCUAUUGAUCAUACUCAUGAAAUCAUCUUGACAAUGAA